UCGAUAAGUUCUGUGACAACCCUGAAGCCGAAAACAAGCAGCCACGCUAGAGAAGAAAAUCUGGUUGAAAAUUGGCAAAAAUUCUAAUUAAAAAAUCGCAAAAGCCAAAAGAGAAGUUCGUAAGUCGUCCUACGAAUUCCGCUGUGCGUCCCCACCACAUUUUGAUUUCUCCAAACGUGCCAGACACCGAGCAGGGGACUUUUUUCACGGAGCACCCCGAAUUGCAGCGAAGUAAUUUUCGAAUAUGGCCGAGGACUUUGAUGUGGAGGCGAUGCUCGAGGCGCCGUACAUGAAAAACAUAUACUCCUCCUAACUUGUCUGGGGCAGCAGGCAGCACUACUACUACUCUCACUCACAGUCAGACAAGAAUGAAAGUAUCGCUCAAAUUACAAAUUACAGAUUUACGAUAAACAGAAAUCGAAAUAUAAGAAUAUAUGACCAACACAUAAGCCCAAAACGCAAAGCCAAAGCCUAAAACAAACCAAACCUAUUUGAACAAACAAAAAACACGACGUCUUUUUGAGAACCAAUCAACCAGUCCACUCCACUAGCCAGCGCUAAACAUUCCCCCAAAACUGAUCUGAUUGAGAAUGAGAAUGAGCAUGGGAAAUUUGCCCAUGUGGAGACAACAUUUCUCGCCGUCGUGAACCAUCUAUGCCAAAAAUUUAACUAAUUUACUUUGAUUUGCUUUCUCUUAUUCAAAAAAAAAAAAAAAAAAAAUAUUUACGAAACUGAAAAAAUAAUAUAUCAUAACAAACUCAAUGAUAUAAUCGAAAAUCAACCAACAACGACAACAACGUAACGAACGAUCAACGACCGUUAUGUGUUCCCACCCACCAAAAACUGAAACCAAUCGACAACAAAAAAAAAAAUAAUCCACUUAUCUGUAUCUACAUUAUUGCUUGCGCCCAACCAACCAACCCAUAUCCUCCCUGUCCGAUCCCGCACCCAAUCCACCAAACAAACAAAACAACCUAUCUGUGUAGAAUGUCAGUGCGGGCAGCGGUGGAAGUGGUGGACGCAAGCGCAGCGGCAGCAGUCCAGGCGGCGGCGGUGGACACGAUGACGACUACGCCGAGAAUGGUCCGCGGAACGGCAGCGGCGGCGGAAGCUCACACAAAAAGCAAAGCAAACGAUCCCGGAGUAGAAGCGGCUCGCGUGAUGGCAAAUCUCGACGAGAUCGCGGCAAUGAACGCAGCAGUCAUCGGGACAAGGAUAAGGAGCGCGAUCGUAACCGCGACGGCGGCGACCGAGAUCGACACCGCAGGGAAGGUGGCGAUCGAGAUCGGGAGCGGGAACGUGAGCGCGAACGCGACAGAUCUCGUCGGAGUCGUUCGCGUGAUGAGCGCGGUGGAGGUGGUCGCUACGGCGAUCGUGACAAGGAUCGCCGCUCGCGAGAUCGACGCGGCGGCAGCAAGUCGUUGCAAGUGGAUCGCUCGCGGGACAAGCGUCGACGCAGUCGUUCCCGCGAUCAGCAGCGCAAACGGCUGAGUCCGAUCCGUGAACGCAAGCGCAGCCAUUCCCGCUCGAGGGACAGAAAUAGCCGCCGUCGGGGAACCAAUUCUCCGCGACGCCGCUCACCACCGAAUGGAGCUGAUCGCACCACGCCCACCGAACUCAGUCCCGAGGAGCGGGACGCCCGCACCGUUUUCUGCAUCCAGUUGUCGCAGCGAGUGCGAGCCCGUGACCUGGAGGAGUUUUUCUCCAGCGUCGGCAAGGUGCGCGACGUGCGUCUAAUCACAUGCAACAAGACGAAACGCUUCAAGGGCAUUGCCUACAUUGAGUUCGAUGAUCCUGAGUCCGUGGCACUGGCCCUGGGCCUCUCUGGCCAGCGGCUGCUCGGUGUACCCAUCAUGGUGCAGCACACGCAGGCUGAGAAGAAUCGUCUCCAGAAUGCAGCGCCGGCAUUCCAACCGAAGAGUCACACGGGUCCCAUGCGCCUCUACGUGGGAUCACUGCACUUCAACAUUACCGAGGACAUGCUGCGGGGCAUAUUCGAGCCCUUUGGCAAGAUCGAUGCCAUUCAACUGAUCAUGGAUACGGAGACGGGCCGAUCCAAGGGCUACGGCUUUAUCACGUACCACAAUGCUGACGAUGCCAAAAAGGCUCUGGAACAGCUGAACGGCUUUGAACUGGCCGGUCGGCUCAUGAAAGUGGGCAAUGUGACGGAGCGACUGGACAUGAAUACCACCUCGCUGGACACCGACGAGAUGGAUCGCACGGGCAUCGAUCUGGGUGCCACGGGACGUCUGCAGCUGAUGUUCAAGCUGGCGGAAGGAGCCGGUUUGGCAGUGCCCCAGGCGGCUGCCAAUGCGCUGCUGGCUACAGCACCUCAACCGGCGCCGUUGCAGCAGCAGGAGGUGGCACCAUCGAUAGCCACACAGUGCUUCAUACUGUCCAAUAUGUUUGAUCCGCGUACCGAGACAAAUCCUACCUGGGACGUUGAGAUCCGCGACGAUGUGCUGGAGGAGUGCGCCAAACACGGCGGGGUGCUGCACAUCCACGUGGACACCAUUUCGCACACGGGAACCGUGUAUGUCAAGUGCCCGAGCACAACGACCGCAGUGCUGGCAGUGAAUGCACUGCAUGGACGCUGGUUUGCCGGUCGAGUGAUCACGGCGGCCUACGUGCCCGUGAUCAACUAUCACACCAUGUUUCCGGACUCCAUCAACGCCGUCGAUCUGGUGACGUCCACGCGCAAGAACACCGACGAUUGAGCUGAAUGCGUGGGCAAAAAUAUUGUUAAUAUUCGUUACAAGAACUAAUUUUUGGUCAAAACAUUUUCAAUUUUUUUAAAGACUCGACGCAAGCUGAAAAUUAGGGGCACAUAUUAAAAUACAAUUAAAUACAUUUAUAAAUAUAUAUGAAUUUGAAAAUUUUAACAUUUCUCGCCUUCAAGUAAUUAUGUCCGUGAACUAUAUUAAUGUGUAGAUUGCCUGAAAUGCUGCAAGAUCAUGUUACAAAUGGUUAAUUACGUAGUUUCUAGUGCUUAAUUUGUAAUUUGCUAGUUUGACCGCCAAAAAUGUAAGGACACCGACCGACCUAUCGAUUGUUGGCUUGCACGGAGCUUGAUUUUAAAACAUUGGACAUUGUAACAUUUCCCAUACUUGUUAAGCCGUAGUUUUACUAUACAGAUAUUUUGUAG